AGUGGCAGCAGCAACAAUCAGAGCCAGCGUCAGAGUCAGUGUCAGUUGUGUCAGUCAGUCGUUAAACGCGUCUCGCUAGCCGUGGACAUAGAAUUUGCAGUGCGACUUUCAGUUUUGCAUGCACACAUCGAAUAUCAAAUACAUAGAUCCGCUUUUGUUAACUAGCUGUACAUGUGCGUGCGUGUGUGUGUGUGUAGUGUAUAUGUUUUAAAUUUAAAACGAAACGCGCGCGCAGUUCCCACAUAAAUAUUGUGAGUCCUAUUUAGAAAAAAAAAAAGAAGAAGAAGAAAAACCUAGUACAAAUAAUAACAACAAUACACAUCAAGAACAAAAUGGUCGAGACCGUGGUCACCGUCGAGCGCACAACAACAACUACGGGCCCACCUGGCGGCAAUCCGUCCGCCGGCGAUAAUGGCGGCUUCUGGAGCGCGAUACGGAUCAAUAUGGACUAUUACAGAACGGCGCCGGGCAUUAUAAAGAUUGUCCAGUUCAUAUUGGGCAUCAUUUGCAUGGCGCUUGCCUCACCUGCACAAGCGGCUGCGACAAGUUUCUUUCUGUUCGUUGUUGUCAUCUCUUUCAUAAUUACCAUCCUGCUGAUAGCUGCCUAUUUUCUGGGCAUACGCGAGGCGCUCAAUGUGGCCGUCAAUUGGAUAUUCUCAGAACUGUUAACAACCGCUGUGCUGACGCUGCUCUACUUUAUUGCAUUCAUUGUGCAGCUGGCCAGAUGGGCCGAAUCGAACGCUAAGGGACAUGGCUCCAAUACGGCGGCUGGCGUUUUUGGAUUGUUCAAUUUCUUGGCCUAUGCGGCGGGCACAUACUUCUUAUUCCUGGCGCACAGAUCGGGCGCCACCCAUUAAUGUCCAUUUGUAGCAUAGCCGAGCAUCUGAUCUGAUCCGAUUCGAUUCGAUAGACAAUGGCAUCAAUUUAAUAGUCACGCGCGCACAAGAUAAACAACAGAAAAAAAAAAGAAGAAAAAAAAGGCAAGCUGCGCACCCACCACGAAAGCCAAUGUAGGGUAGUUUAAGUUUUUAAGUGCAAUUGUUCGGAAAGUUUGUUUUUGUUUACGUUCUUUUUCUGUUCACUUACAUCUAACGGCAACAGCGAAUGUGAACAAGCUCAAUUGAAAGUUCGCUCAGUUCAGUUUGGUUCCGGUUCAGGUUCGGCGCGUGCGAUUUGAUUUGUUUUUAAUGUUAUUUUAAUACUUACUUUAACUUUAACGCCUGCUAACAUUUAAGUUCAAUCAACACGAGGCAACAAAAAAAAAAAAUAAGUUCAAUAAAUUAUUCGUAUUUUGUAACUGUA